AAAAGCUUGUGUUAGGCCGAAUUCCCUCCAGUUUUUCAAUCACAACAACAAUUUUUAAAAAGGUCUUAUUUCACAGAUAGUAUGUGAAAAAGGGUGUGAUGAUUAUUUUCGCCUUUCAACGGCAUAAGCAGUUAUGAUCAAGCUGAUUCGUGCAUAGCGAAACUCUAUAAUCUGCUUCAUGGAGUCUAAGAAUCAGCAGACAAGUAGGCGCAGCCGACAGGAAUCAAUUAGUGGAGGUAACAGCUCGCACGAUUUAGCGUAUCGAAUUAGGUGCAGUGAUAAAAGUCGCGAUGGAACCGAGAAGGAUAAUUCCAUUGGCUGUAACCUUGUGGCCAUGGUGCGUCUGGCGUUCAGUGAUCCUGUUCUCUAUCGUUCUCCAAAUUCAAUCAGUGAUUGCGACUUCACACAAUCCGAUGAAUACGGAUCGAAUAAAGGUCUGGCCACAAGAGCUGGCGUCGCGGCCAGCUGUGCCGGGAUCCCGAGACGAAUCAGUUUUCGUGGUAGAAAACGCUGGGCUCACAGCAGCAAAAUUUCAUUAAUAGCAUCACCUGCUUCUCACCAUAACUCAAUGGCUAAUAUGUACCCACUGCCGUCUCCCACCGGGAUGGGAUCCGAGAUACACGACAGACGUCGCUGGUCACUUUCUUUCUCAGGGAGAAACGACCACUCUGCCAACAAACAUAACUUCGACAUGUCAUCCAACUUUGGAACGCCCUUGAUUGUGGCUUCUAGUCACCACGAAUUAGGCGGCAACAGUUCAAACCAGUCUUUCAAACAGCAAGCCAGUAUCUUGAGUCUAACCGCACAACUACAACAAUUGGACUUCGACACUUCAAUUCACCAGACGCCCACAUUUCAUAUCGGAAGUGGAAACAACACUCUAGUUCACUCGAAUAAUACGCCAAUUUGCAGUCCGUGCUUGACGCCGGCUUCAGAUCACAAGAACUCCUGCACGGGCUCGGAAACGAAUCACAGUUCAGGCGAGACUACCGGAAGUCUAAGCGACGUUUUGGGUUCUUCCCAAGGAAGAUUGUCAAUUCAUAAUUCAUCAUCAGGAACUACUAACGCCUGCAGGAGUUUAAGUUACAAUUCUGGAGCGUCAAGUGCUUCUAGUUCCAGUACGGACGCCUUUAAUUUGCUGGGAAGCGCAGCGAGUUCAUCUUCAAAUUCAGCAGCGACAGCAUUGCAUAUUAACUGUGGACCUAGUUUGCUACAGUUUGCCACGUCGUCCGCCGAAGUGCCAACUUCGCUUUCUCUCGGACUCGCCAGAGAGCAAAGUCAUCACCCGAACCAGUGUGUUGCGGGACCGAGUGGCGUCGGAUCCAGCUCGCUGUCGGUGUCGGCGAGUCACGCGUUGUCGGGCCUAGCUGUUUCUGUAUCUCCGUCUAUGCAGCACCACAUGGUCAAUUCCCCAAUGAAACCCAGAGCUAGAAGUUUGAGUCCGACGCGGAACACGUUGACGCUGGACACGUCUAUCCACUUGAUGAACGACAUGUAUCGUGAGAGGUUCCCCAAUGCCAUCUCUCAGAUGGAGGACAAACUGAGCGAGUUUCUCUCCACCAACGGGGGAGUCAUCACACCUAGUGCCACCUCAACCGCCAUCGCAGGAGGAGCUGGGUACCAACAGCACAAUCAUGGGGUAGGGUUUAGCUCAUCCCCGUCGACACCCCUUCAACAGUCCGGUUCACGAGGAUCUGCACAUGGCGAAGGAUCGUCACAACAAGCAACCCCUCCCCCUUCGAAGAGCAUCAGCAGUCGUCUCUCAUCUCCCGCUAACAGCAACAGUGUGGCCACUAGUCCUCUCCUAGUGUCCACCCCACCCCCACCCGAGUCAGACCCAGUGGUCUCUUUUGUGUCCCACCAGAUCCUGAAGUUGGCCAAGGACUGUCUGGACAAGUCCACUGAGAAGAUACUCACUGGAGCUUAUUUCAACGAACUGUGCAUCAAGGUUGAAAAGCUUCUGAGUGACGCAAUGGAUCGAGUGGAGAACGCCCGACAGCUAGAACCGGUUCUACAACGAGGAAACAAACUGCUCUCAAUUGUGUCCAGACCCGCCAGACUUCUGGAGUGUCUCGAGUUUGACCCCGAAGUGUUCUACUCGCGACUUGAAUCGGGUCAGGAGUUGGCACCGGUCCAGUGGGAUCUUGCAGAGAGGAUGAACAAAGAUUUGCCCUCGUAUAUUCUGAGACUGUUGGGUGAAAAGAGAGAUAUAAAUAGACUGAGUUUCUAUGAUUCGGGAGGGGGAUAUGACAGUGGAAGACCAAACACACCUGACACAGAUGAGUCGGAACCAGUUCCAAGAGCCUUGCCAGGAGAAGCCGACUUUGAACAGAUCAAACUAAUCAGCAACGGAGCCUACGGUGCUGUCUAUUUAGUGCGACACAAACUCACUAAGCAGAGGUUUGCAGAGAAGCGAAUCAAGAAGCAAGACCUGGUGCUGAGAAACAUGUUGGACCAAGUGUUUGCAGAGAGAGAUAUUCUCAUGUUUGCACAGAAUCCUUUCGUCGUUUCAAUGUAUUGCAGCUUUGAAACGAAGAAGCACCUCUGCAUGAUAAUGGAGUACGUGGACGGGGGAGACGUGGGAACCCUGCUGAAGAAUGUGGGUGCUCUUCCGUAUGAUCUGGCCAGAAUGUACUUUGCAGAGACUGUGUUAGCUGUGGAAUAUCUGCAUAGCUACGGAAUAGUUCAUAGAGACCUCAAACCAGACAAUCUGCUGAUUACGAGUGAGGGCCACAUCAAGCUCACAGACUUUGGACUGAGUCGGAUGGGACUGAUGAGUCUGGCAUGCAAUAUAUACGAGGACCUGUCAAGGCCAGGCAUGUUCAACGACGGACAGAUCAUAGGCACCCCGGAGUACAUUGCGCCUGAGUGCUUCCAGAAGAGGGCAUACGGAAAGCCAGUGGACUGGUGGUCGUGUGGAGUGAUCCUCUAUGAGUUGCUGAUGGGAGACACGCCCUUCUACGGGGACACGCCCGAGGAGUUGUUCGAUCACGCCCUAUCAAUGCCGGUAGAGUGGCCCCCAAUCAGUGAGGAGGGGGAUGAGUACCCCCCUUUUGUGGCACAGAGUAUCGUGGAAGAUUUGUUAGUGAAGGACCCCAUCAACCGUCGAGGCACUGGGGGUGCGGUGGAGUUGAAGAACCACCCGUUCUUCAAUGAGUUGGACUGGAAUGCGUUGCUGAAGCAGAAGGCAGAGUUCAUCCCUCUGUUGGAAGGAGACGAAGACACUAGCUACUUUGACACGCGCAGCGACAGAUACAACCACGAUGAUUCUGUGUCGGACACUGACUCGGACGAGGACGUCUGUGACUCGAGUUCCGUCUCACUUCAAUCACAACUCAGCUCAUCCUUCUCUGCAUGCUCGCCGAGAUACCAGCGGAUGUGCAGUGCUUCCAUCGCCUCUCCUUCCGCCUCUGCCUCCCAGUCUGCGUCGCACUCGGCCGGCGGCAGCAGCACAAACAGCACCGGAACUGGCAGCCACAACAACAGCUCGUGUUCAUCCCCACAGCCAGCCCCCAUUCAAGCUUCUCUAAAGAAGCAGACCUCCCCAUGCUCAUCUAGCAAUUCCGUCUCGGCCCCAGUGUCAACCUCCAGCUCACUGCACGCCAUCACUGUACAAGGUGCUUCAUCCUCCGUGUCUCAAAAAUCAGCCGAGUCACCCACUUCAGGUUCUCAACUGAUGAGUAAAGGCUCGAACGUUUCCACCCGUUCGUCAGCGGGAGAAGGGAACCAUAGUGCUGCUGGGAUGGAAAGAUGUCCUGUUGCUACAGAGAAGUUCAGUGGGGAGAAAGGAAUGGGAGACCGACAACAGUCGGCAACAGAACUGAACAGCUCAUUCGAAGCGGAUAAGACGCCCGAUGAAGAAAUCAAGAACUACACAGUCAAGUCCUCCAGUGAUUCAAAGCUGUCCAAAUCUCUGGCGGGUCUGGAAAAGGCUCCAGCCAUGCCUCCGAGGUCAGCAAAACCUAUUCGUUACGUGCCAGAACAUCUCCAGAAGCCCAUCCAUGUGGACUCAGGAGUGGAUAGCAGCGGCGGCUGUCACACGCCAGACGAAACGCCUUCGCCAGUCAUUCCUCCCAGAGAUUUCACGCCGAAAGUGAUGUCGGGCUCAAAUGGGACUGGGAAUCAAUCGACCACAAGAGACUUCAAGCGUUUUUCUGCCACUCAAAUGCAAAAGUUCUUCCAGCCGAAGCCGAAGUUACCACCAAAUGCCGCUUUGUUUUCUCCCACCACGCCAACCAAACCCUCUACAAAACACCCGGGACUAAAUGAAACAGAAGAGCGUAAAAAUGAUUCAAACUUAACGACCCAAGCUGAAUCUUCGUCGGAAAUCUCGACAACAGAAAUUUCGGAUAGCCUAGUACAGGUGGAAUUGAAGACAGUCGCGGCCAGUUAUCGUGAACUUGAGUUUGAACUUAGCAUGCCCGAGUCAAUUAAAGACCUGAGCAUUUCUUCGGCGGAUGAGCGAAACAGCGCUGCGAGUAGUCUAAACACCUCGUUAUGUGUAAACGAAGAGAGCUCGGCGACGUCAUCUGAGUCGUGUAAUGAUCACACUUUGACGUCGGCAACGGGAGCCGACUUGAGUAAACAGCUGACAGCUAAACUAGCCGAGACAUUGAAACUUGAGCUGAGUGAAUCGAGCAUUGAAAAGGAAUAUGCAGAAGCUAGGAAGAAAUCCUCAGCUUCCAAAGCCUUUACAUCUGAUCAUACACCAUCGAACAGCUCAAAGAAGUCUAAAUCAAGUCAUUCGGCAUCUCGAAAACUUGCUUCGUCCUCGAAACAUAGUGCAGCUUCAGUUAAGCUGUCUGAAACGCUCCCAGGAAAAAGUAACUCGGUUCAUCGCCAUGACAAAGUUUCAAUUGGAGCAGGAGUUAGCGCGAAGAUAUCUCCGAAUGAUUUUGGUGACGCGAAGUUGGCACAAACGGACUGUGCGAAACCUUCAUCCUCGUCUUCCCUUCUGAGAAUCAUGGUUCCAAAUUCGUCGGGCGAGUAUGAGGACUCGACAACGCCAUCAGCUUUACGGAAAAGCCAGGCGGGUGUUAAAAUGCAACAUAGCAGGCAUGGGGAGACAUCCUCUUCGCAUAUAUCGAGGCGCCACAGCGUAUCGUCUCAGCCCAAAAAAUGGCACCAUCGUAGCGGGGUGCAAGGCCAGCGUUUCACCAAUUCGCUGGCCUCAUCUCUCGCCGGCACCAGCGGAGGUUCGCUGGGAGGCAGAAGUGCCAAGCGACUGGGUGAUCACCGCUCGCCAGAACCAACUUACUUCAUAUUUGACAUGACGACGCCACCCAGUGCGGAAACGAGAAACAAAUCUCCAUCUCCAAAUGGGAAAAGAAGUGGUGGCAGUGGGAAUAAAGGCAAAUCCAGUCCGAUUAGUUCAGACACUUCUCCAGACAGAUUGAGUGGCUCUAACUCUACCCUCAAAUCCACCCAACCUAAGUGCCAAGAUACUUUAACCGGAAGCAGCGGAGGAAACGACUUCAAAGAUGAGGACUAUCCCAGGGACUUCACGUUGCCUGCUUCUGUCCCGGGUAGUUCGGGGUCCUCCGGAAGCACACCCCAAGUUGUGAAUAAAUCGAAACUCAGCGGAGGGGGUCCAAAUUGUGGCCCGAUUUUCCCUAGGAUUCCAAUAAGGGAUGCGUUGCCGGUGAUCAAAAGGGGAAACAGGGGUUAUGGGUUCCACAUGAAGGCCAUCAAAGUGUACUCGAUGCAGUCGGAAGAUUUCACCAUCCAACAUCUAGUCACGUACGUGGACCCAUCUGGACCAGCUUACCAGUCUGGCCUGAAGGAGAACGACCUCAUCACCCACAUUGGUGGCCAGAGUAUCCAGGGCAUGGCCCACACUGAAGUGGUGUACCUCAUCAUCCAGUCACGUGACCUCCUGCUGAUUCAGGCCACGCCCCUGCUGGAGACGUCAAUCAAAAACGAUUGUGCUAGAAGGAAAGGCAUGACAUCGUCCACCUCAAACCAGUCGGGCAGCAGUUUCCUCUCUGGAAGAUUGGCCCAGUCCCAUAUAUACGGAUCAGUGAACCCUGCCAGUUCAAUCAGCGCCGCCAGUGGAACUUCUGGAAGUAGUGUGCACCACUCGGGAUCCAAAAGUAAAAAGAGUAGAAGUUCGAGGGCACAACUUUCGAGUCGCACUAGAGGCGUGGAUAAACCGCAGAUUAUUAAGCCGAAGUUGUCAAGUCGAGACAUCGUACAUCCCAACCCAGCUCAUCAACCGCAUCCCUUCUCAGACCAACCCACCCAUGUAUUCCCCGCCACAGCAACACCCCCAGACCACAUCCCUCAUAAACAGAAAAACCACAGUAGCAAAUAUAAGAAGUACAGUCAACAUGGCUCGAACGACCCUUACCUAGCUUCAACCCACGCCUACUCUCAAAUCAACGAUCCACUCGUGGCUCCUGUCUUUACAACGGCGCCAACAACAUCCGGGUACCACACGGGCACUUUGCCGAAAUCUAGAUCUGCGCACCUUACAGGGGGCGUGGCAAUGCCCUCGCCGACAUCCGGAUCUGGAUGUCCAGGGAUUACACCAGCCGAUUCUGUUUUUCCUGGAGAGAAGUCCUCUUGUAUGAAAAGCACUGACGCUAUUUGUCAUGCAUCCUGCUGUAAAGCGAGAGCUGGGAUUCAGUCAGUGACUUCCUGUUCCAGCUGUGCCACGAGUCAGUCUCAAAUGGGUCCAGUGAAUACGCUAGUCGGAAUGGCUCCUCAAGAUGCUUUCAGACCCCAGAAGUUGAAACUGGGACCUAAAGGCGUCACCAGCUCUGGUCGUCGGAAGUCUGGCAACAACAUACCGGUAUCUCCUCUCGCUAGAACCCCGUCCCCCAGUCGAACUAAAUCGGUGAAUGCCUCGCCUUCCCUAGUCACUUCUGAAUGUGUUAGUGGGAGUGGGGGAGUUACGGUUAUGCAGCGUAAAGGAGGUGGUGCUAUUACCUGUCCAUCGCUUGGAUCCAGAAGUGUGAAUGUAUCGCCGCAAGCGCAUGCGGCGUUUUCCAGUUCGUCGCCAUCGCCUUCUGGUACGUCAAAACUGGUAUCAGGAGGAUCCAGUGACGGAUACCAAAGUUCCCCUAUUUUAACCCAGGUAUCGCCAAAAUUGGACCAGCCUCCACCCGUGCCUGCAAGAAUUCCAGUGGCUUCUACUUGUUACAAUAAUCAAGCUACUCCCGCGUGUGCUAGUUACGUCGAAACUUUUGCUAGUUCUUCGCCAGCAGUUCUCAGAUCUCUCAGCCGGAAUCACGAUUACCAAGUUGCUGGAGUUUCCGGCAUCAAAGGUGUGGAGCCCAUUUCCAAGUCACAAACUGUUGCAGUUUGUGAGUCAUCAACUACUACAAUCAUGAGUAAAUGCGGUUCCCAGUUGGGGACGAACACGAAAAAGGCUGAUACCUUCGGCAGUUCAGUUUCGACUCCGUGUCAGAUGUUGCUGCAGAGUGCCUCACUGCCAACCAAUCCAAACAUAAUCAAUCAGGCGUCCUCGUCUACUUUUUUGCCACCGCAAACAGAAUUGUCGUCGGCUACGGUUGCCGUUGGCCAGAGGAGCUGGCGUGAACCGCAGGAUAUGGUGCAUAAAAUAAAAGUUGCUGGAAUAACUACUGGAGCGAAUCAUGUCGACCCAAUGGACUCUGGCGUUGCGCAAGCCCAGGUGACUUCGUCAAGUGGAUCUAGUUGUAGACCAUCUCUGCCCCCUAGAUCGCCCUCAAACUGAUACAAAGGGAACUGAAUCUGUUCUUGGUCUUUUUACAGUGCUAGAGUUUCUAUUUUCUACAGCAGUGUCAAAUCGAAAUAUUACUUACUGUUCUAACCGUCCAGGUUGAGAUCCAAAUAAUUGGUCUAAUUUUUGAAUGCAGUUAAAAAGAGUUGCUUCUAGGGUGUUGAUUCAAAGAAGGGCCAUAUUUCCAGAGCAACAUGUUUUUUCUUACAAAAUUAAAUUUGUUUUUAGUUUAAAGAUAACUUUUUGUGCGUCUGCAAUUCCUCUUUUAAGACACUUUCAGGAUAAGUUGUCAGCUUCAAAAACCAUUAAUGUCUCAACAUCCUGUUAGAUGAUGAGUUUUAAUAGUGAGUAAUGGAAAUAGUGAUCGAUUGAUAUUACUAACUGAGCAACUUACCUGGUGUUUUACGAAGUGAUAAAUAGAAUAAUACUGCAGAGUAAUAAUUCGGAUUAGCUUGCUCGUUGUUUCAGUGUGACUUAUUCCUUCCUUGGCCUACAUAAAUCAUAACAGAAAUGCAUAGUGCAAUAUUUUAACAUACUAGAGUAUUAGACUAGAUCCAAUUUGGUGCAUUAAAAAAUAGUUGGUAUCAAACUGAUUCUAAGUAGAUGUGUAAACUGAUAUUAUAUUUAGGGCUGAAUUAAUGAUAAACUUGACGCGAUGAGCCGCAUUGUUUAUACUCAUCAGAUACGUGAUGAUUGUCAGUCUUGUAAGUCUGAUUUCAGUUGGCCUUGUGUGUGUUCUUUUCAGACAUAGUCGUCUCCUCAUUUUCUGUUACGACUAAAAGAGUGUCAAACUGCGAUUGUGCUAGAAUAUGUCGGGUUUAUUCGGCUUUCGUUAGUUUUCAAGCGUCCAAAACUCUCAACUUGAGAAAUGGAGAUUGAUUGACCAGUUAUAUUUUGGGCGUUUGUAUUUUAUUUAAUCAAUGGUGCUACGUUCUAAGUGAUUUUUUAAAAUCGAUCAUGAUAAAAUUUGUCUCUUUUGCUCUUAUCGUCUUAUCCAAUAAUAAUUUGAUUACAUUAAAUCGACUCAGCGCACAAUUUGAUCAAAACUAAUUAACUAAAAUGAUAACUUGUUUUACUUACUCAGUAUACCUAUUUUAUGUUUUUAUCUCUUAACCCCCCUCCCCCUGCGUUUGUUUCGUGGCCUCUGAUAGUUAAUAUGGAGAUUAUACUAUUGCAUGGAGUCAUGGUCAUGUUAUGGCCGUUUAAUAUCCAUUAAUGGCUAACAUGGAGGAGCAUGGAAUGAAACAGAACGACCACUUCAACAUUUGAAUUGACCCAAAUUGUAGAUUUAUUUAAACAUAGCUUUAGUUUGCUUUGCUGGAAAUGAACUAUUUUUAUCUGUUGUAAUAUAAUCAAUUACAAUGUUCUAACAUUUC